GGUGUGUACGCACUGAUUUCUGGGAAGAUCAACAAUGUCGGAUGCUUAAGAAAGACAACGGAAGAACUCCAGUUUCAUAUUUAAGAUCAAUCAAAAGCGGAGAGGAUUUAAUUUGUAUGACUUCUGUCUGAAAGCUGUGUCAAAAUGAUGCGCUUCCUGUUGCUAUUUAGCCGACAGGGGAAACUAAGACUGCAAAAGUGGUUCUCAACGUACACAGACAGAGAAAAGAAAAAAGUGAUCCGUGACAUGGUGAUGUUAGUAUUGGCCCGUCCACCACGUUCCUGCAACUUCCUUCAGUGGAGGGACCUCAAGAUUGUUUAUAAGAGGUAUGCCAGCCUGUAUUUCUGUGCUGGUCUGGAGGCCCAGGAUAAUGAACUGCUGAGCCUUGAAGUCCUGCACAGAUAUGUGGAGUUGUUAGAUCGAUACUUUGGCAAUGUUUGUGAGUUGGACAUCAUUUUUAAUUUUGAAAAGGCGUACUUCAUCCUGGAUGAAUUUCUGAUGGGAGGAGAAGUCCUGGAAACAUCCAAAGCAGCUGUGGGUUACUCUAUAGAGGAAUCUGACACACUUCAGGAGACGAUGGAGGAAUACAUGAGCAAACCAACCUACUGAGCCAGAAGAAGUAAAGAUGUCCCACAUUUCAAGACUUGAAUGUUUAUCACUCUGCAUCCUUCUUUAUUAUGUGAUGCAGAGUCCCAUUUCUACUUAAGGUUUAAACACUUGUUGGCCUCUGUAAAGGCUGUUAAAGCCUCUUAUUUAAAGUAGCAGAUCAUAUGACUGAAAAUAAUCUUUUUUAAAAAUACAUUUUAUCAUA